ACCAAUUUUAUCAACCAGUCAUUUUUUUAAAUAAUCAAAUAACUGGAUUACAUAAGUACGAUAUCGUAUCGUAAAAUGGCUACUGUUGUUGCUACUAACCUUAUAUUAUGUCUUAUGAAACUCUGCAGACUAUGUGGAAACUAUAUCUGCCAUGAUCCAGUUAACACGGAAAAUAUAAAAAUUCGUGUUGAUCAGGCAUUUUUUACUGAACUUGAAGAAGACAGGCUGGAUACACACCCACCUAAAAUUUGCAUGAAAUGCUACACAAACUUGAGAAAUAUCGAAAAGCGAGGAACAACCUCUAAUUUCAGAUUAAGUCAAUGGCCACUUACUUGUUUCAUUGAAAGAUGCAUAUGUUUUUGGAAAAAUCCUAGUAGGAAGAAAAAAAAGCAGUGUGGAAGACCAUCAAUAAAUGACAAAGUUAUUUGGACAAGGGAGUCAAUUAGUAAAAUAAAAAAAAGUUUUUCUGGACUGCCUCGUUUAUGCCAUGAUUCUAUUGAUGUAGCAGAUAAUCCACACAAAGAUUUAUGUGUAUGCAAGAAUUGCAUGAGGUUGUUGCAUAAGCCUGUAUUACUUAAUAACUAUCAACAUUUGUUUUGUGCUACAUGUAUUUUUCCAUACAUAAUCGGAAAAUUAGAGACAGAAACAAAAUGCACAAUAUGUUUCUCUAAUAUAACUCUUGGUAGUAUCUUAAAAGCGACGUCAAUGCAGAAUAUACUUGAUAGUUUAUUUAUAGAGUGUUGUAAAAAUACAUGCAAAGAAAAAUUUACUGUAAAAAAUAUAAGCUAUAAAGAAGAACAUGAAAAAACCUGCAAAGUUAGAAACAAAUAACAAUACAGUUUCCCAUCAUCUAGCUCUUCAUUGACAGUUUCUGAGAUAUAUAAAAUAAAUGAACAUUGUGAAAUUCCAAAAGAGUUAGACUAUGCGUUUGCUCACUUUGCAAAACUGAAAAGGGCAAAAAACAAAUCACAUUCCUUUGAACUCCCUUCAGGUGGUCCACGGGCUAUACAGUUUAAAGUGGCUCCAAAGAUCUACAAAACUUCAAAUAGUAUUAGCCAGAAAACUAUUAAAAGGCGUCAAAAUCAAAUACACCAAUCACUCGUUGAAAAAGCAGGACUAGCAAAAAAAGCAAAAAUAAAUCAAGCAGCACUUAUGCUUAAUUCUUUUAAUGACAAUGAUAAAAUUAAUAUACUUAAAAAAGCAAACAUCCCCCAAGUUCAGAUAGAGUCAAAAGACAUUGUAUCACUAAAGGCAUAUUGUGGUUUACCUUGGGAAAAAAUGAUUAGGUAAGUGCUUUGGAA